AUGCCGCGCAUACAGAAAUCUCUAGACGCCGGAAUUAACAGACCAAUUAUCGCGGGAAAUUCAAAACGUCUUUGUUUUCUAUUGAGCGUUUUGUUUCUAGUGAUCGUUUUGAAAUUUAUUUAUCAAGAAUGGCCAUCAACCAAGAAUUGUCUACUGGAACUGCCGUCGUCUUCAAAAACUUUAUUCCGAACUCCCGAAGACUGUUCCAUGUGUAUCGGAGUCGAUGGUGUGACUAGAUUGACCAAUGUAACACCACUACAAUUUGAAGACAAAUACGCAUACAGCGCCACGCCGGUUAUUGUCACUGAUGCCACCGAAAAAUGGCCAGCGAUGAAGGUGUUCAACUUUAAUUUCUUCUCGCGAUUCUACAGCAAUAAUAACUUAGGUAGACAGACCAACGAUUGUUUUUAUUUCGCCUACAAAUCCGGUCUGAAUUCCCUGCAAGAAGUCUUCAAUAUGGAUGAGAGACGCGCCAAUUUAUCCGGAGAACCGUGGUACGUAGGCUGGAGUACCUGCUUCGAUGAGGAGACCAAGAAACUAAGAUCGUAUUACAAUCGGCCGUAUUUUCUCCCGCGGACGGCUGAGAGCGACACGGUGGACUGGAUUUUUAUGGGCGGACCCGGACAAGGGGCGCAUAUGCAUGUGGACUCUGUAAGACACAUGUCCUGGCAAGCGCAGAUCCGCGGUCGCAAGCAAUGGGAGCUGGCGCCCCCUCCUGAGUGCCUCUACCAUUGCACCUGGAUUCAAUUCACAGUUUCUCCUGGUGAAAUAUUGGUCGUGAACACGAACCGUUGGUAUCACAGGACUACCGUUCUCCCGGGAGACCUCAGCAUCACGAUCGGAGCUGAAUAUGAUUAG